CGACAACAUCUUACUGCUCAACAGGCACCUUGAAAUUUCAAUCUAUAUUUUGCCGCGCUGCGAUGCUCCCCUCUCCAACAGUUAGUGAGCCUCCCAUUAACUUGCUCUCGCUUGACGGGGGAGGUAUACUCGGCGCAUCCGGAAUUCUUGUUCUUCACGCGAUCAUGAAAGGCAUCAAGCGGCGUAACGGCCUUGACUACAUACCCAAGCCUUGUGAAUAUUUCCACCUUAUCGGUGGUUCUGGUACCGGAGGAAUUAUUGCAAUCAUGCUCGGGAGACUAAAAAUGUCCACCAGGCAAGCCCUACGACGUUACAAUCAAAUCGCUUCACGCGUCUUCAGUUGUACAAACCAACGGCAUCUAAAAGAUGGCAGAUUCGAAGCGUCUGCUCUGGAAACGGAGAUGAAAAGCAUAGUUAAAGGACGAAAGGAAGAUUACAAAGAGGAUGAGCUUUUAAUUGAUCCUGAAUCAGGCAAUGAAUCCAUGGGAAAUGCUUUUGCCUGCGCAUUAAUGGGCGUUGCCAUGAAGUACCCUCAGCGUCUCCGCACAUAUAGGAUGCCUAACGGAGGUCCAGUCUCUAAUUGCACAAUCUGGGAAGCGGUCCGUGCGACCACCGCUGCUCCAGCGUUGUUCAACCCUAUCGAUAUUACCGGAGAUGGAAAUUACAGACAUCGAUUCGUCGGGACGAGUACUGGAAACCACAAUCCUGCCAAGGAAGUGAGGGACGAGGCCAUGCGGUUGUAUGGAGGCAGCCGACGCAUCGGGGUCUUCGUGAGCAUCGGAAUGGGCCAACCCGUGAACGACGCGUAUGUAUUUCGGGAGACGGAAAGUAUGCAGAAGAUAUUUCGUUCGCAGCUCGUUAAAGUCUUAACGAGUACUGCGAUGGAUUGCAAGAAAGUCGCCGACGAGCUCGCGAGACAAUAUUCCGAUAUUCCGGGUACGUACUUCAGGUUCAACGUUAGAUACGAGGUGGAAAAGAUAGGCCUUGAUGAGUGGGAUAGUAUGGACGAGGUACUUGCUCAUGCGGACAGUUAUAUACGCGAUCCAGAGGUUUUUAAGUCUGUUAAAGCAGUCGUAGCCUGCCUAUACCAGGAAGCAUCACGUCAACGGAACUGCCCUACAUUGGCUACGAUAUGUAUGUCUUCGUAAAGGCUAAUAUUAAUAAAACUAUG